AUGGCAAGAAAAGCUAGUACCAAAACAACAACCGUCAAUAGAAAGAGAAAAACAGUAGAAGACGAAGAUAAAUCAGAGCAACCUGUAGUUAAAAAGGUAGCUGCUGUUUCACCAUUGGCAUCACUUUUUGAUAAAUAUAAAGAUGCUGAAGAACCAAAUUGUAUAGGUCCAGAUGGUGUCACCAAGUUUUGUGAGGAUUUAGGUUUUGCUCCUGACAGUAUUCAAGUUUUGAUAUUAGCAUGGCAGAUGAAUGCAAGUAAGAUGGGUUACUUUACAUUUGAAGAGUUUAAAAAAGGAUUCGAAAAGUUACAUUGCACAGACUUGAUUCAAUUAAAGAAAGAGCUUCAAGGAUUUUCACACACAAUCAAGGUUGACCCUGCUAAAUUCGCAGAGUUGUACAAGUUUAGUUUUGGAUUUGCCAGUGAGAUUGUCAAUAAGAAAUCAGUUGAAUUGGCAAUCGCUGCCGAGAUGUUAGAGUUGGUCAUACCCGAUGGUCCACAUACCAAGACCUUCAUUUCAUUUUUAAAUAGCACCAAAAAUUAUAAAGUUAUAAACAAAGAUCAAUGGAUCUGCUUUUUAGAGUUUUCAAAGACAGUCAAAGAAGAUUUAUCAAAUUACGACGAAUAUGAAGCAUGGCCAUUGCUGAUUGACGAAUUUGUCGAUUUUGUUAAAGAUCUUAAGAAAUAG